GACACUGGCACCUGGAGGCUGCACACUCCCGCCGGUCUCACUCAUCCUGCGAGCCUCUAACAUCGAAAUCAAGAUGAACCCGUCUGUGUUGCUUUCUUUGCUGGUGGUGUCGGCGACGGGGACUCCUGUAGCUCCACAGUCCAGUGUCCAGGACCUCCAGUCCAAUGGCCAGAACCUCCUGUCCAAUAACCAGGACCUCCAGGACCUUCAGUCCUUGCCGUUGAACCAGGACCUCCAGGACCUUCAGUCCUGGCCAUUGAACCACGACCUCCAGUCCAAUGACCACGUCGUCAAGUCCAAUGACCACGUAGUCAAGUCCAAUGACCAGGAAGUCCAGUCCAAUGACCAGGAUGUCCAGUCCAAUGAACAGGACGUCCAGCCCAAUGACCAGGACGUCGAGUCCAAUGAACAGGACGUCCAGUUCAAUGAACAGGACGUCCAGUCCAAUGAACAGAACUUACCCACCAGUACCCAAAACGCUAAACUCGGAAUUCCGAACUUGUCAGCAAUAAUCGCUGCACUUCCUAAAUUGACGAAGAGCGGCAAGUUCAGUAUUCUGGGCCGGCAGUGCACCUACAGUUUGACUUCCAAGGCAGGUCGUCCAAGAGUAUACACAGGCACGGUACAGUGCACAGGCUGGUUCAUCAAAGGGCAAGCCUCCAUCCAGAUCAAUUUAGCUACCGCUACGGACCUGGGGAAGUUGUUCUUGAACACUGCGCGGGACGCACUCCAGAAGGCACUGAAGGCUGGCCUACUCAGUGGGUAGAUCUCCACUGCGCCGUGACACUCCUUAAGGCAGUGAAGUAACUCUUCAAAGGGUAGAUGUCAAAAUAGCUCUCUGGCUAUGUUUAAAUAUUUUUUUCUAGAAAAAUACAUUAAAACUAUAAGAAUUCUGCACUUAUAUCCAAUACUAACAACCACUGAAUUCUUCUUCUUCGCACAAAUUGUAAUUGCAAAAAAAUAAACG